GAGCAGAUAGCGUAACAUCCCCCUCCUCCUCUCUGUGGAGAAUUGCGUUAAAACGAAAAAGGAUAGGCCUGCGCGUUAUCAAUAUAACAGAACACAUUUGUUUUUUUUUUAAAUUUAUUUUCUUAUUUCUAUAUUAAACGAGGACGCGUUGCUGGCUGGUGUAUGUGUUUAGAAUGGGACACGCUGAAGGUCCAGUCAAAGAAAAAGACAGUUAAGGAUGCCGGAGCCCAACAAUGGAUUUCUCCUUCUCUUUCAUGCAAGGGAUCAUGGGAAAUACAAUUCAGCAACCCCCUCAGCUUAUUGACUCAGCCAACAUCAGACAGGACGGCACCUGCGACACUGGCAGUGACCCGGGCGAGGAUGGCGGUCCCUCCUACGAUGCGACCCUGGAUGCAGACUUCUACCCACCCUCAGCGUCAGAGGACCUGCCACAUGUCUCCAACGGCUACCCGCCAGGUCUGGGCAUGUACGAGCCGCAGUCCAAGUUCUCCAUGUAUUCGCAGUUUCCCAACGGUUCAGCUAAUGGCUACGGGCCCAUACGCAGCUACGCGGAGCACGGCAUCCUCAUGCCGGGGGAGAGCACGGUGCUAAGGGGCCCUGGUCUCCAGGAAAGACCCCGCUCCCCUGUUUCGCCACCGCUGCCCACGCACCACCCACACCUGCACCACCACCAUCAUCACCAUCACCUCCCCCACGCGCACCACUUCCUGUCAAACACGCCCCACAUCCAGAGCCACCCACAGAGCCCCCCGCCGCUGCCCCUGCCCACCCAGCACCACCUUCCCCACACACCUCACAUCAUGACCCACACGCUGCCUCCUCCUCCACCCCUGCACCUGCCCUCGUCCAGCCCUCCCCCUUCCCUUGUGGACAGUACCCCUUCUUCACAGCCUGUCCAGCCCCCGCCCAGCACUCCCACAGGAGUGCUGAAGAAAACCAGCUCCCCUGAGAUCAAGUUGAAGAUCAUCAAGACGUAUCAGAAUGGCAAAGAGUUGUUUGAAACGGCACUGUGUGGAGAUUUGCUGCAAGAACUGCAGAAGGAAUCUCAGAAAAAUGAGGCGGCUCAGGUGCAGCGCCGACACGAGAGGAAGAAGGAGAAAAGGAAAAAGAUCGCAAAGCUACAGCUACACAUCCAGGAACAGAGUUUGGAGCCCGUCCAAGGCCAGGCAAGUAACAUGGGCCAGACUGUGGACACCCACGUCCAGCCACAACCAAGAGAGGCUCCACCAGACCAGACGGAGAAGCCUCUGAAGACCGUUAUCCAAACUGAACCAAAGGUUCCAAAAGUCAAUCAACCCUCAGUGAUCCAAGAGACAGGAUUCUGCAAAGAAUUUGUCAUUGGAGAUCUAGUGUGGUCCAAAGUGGGCACCUACCCAUGGUGGCCUUGCAUGGUAUCAUCCGACCCACAGAUGAAGGUCCACACACGCAUCAACACCAGAGGUCACAGGGAGUACCACGUCCAGUUUUUUGGCAGUGUGGCAGAGCGAGCGUGGAUCCAUGAGAAGAGGAUCUUUGUAUACCAGGGCAAGCAACAGUUUGAUGAGCUCCAGGCGGACACGCUGCGCAAGACCACAAAUACUGUGGAAAAACACAAACUUCUAAAGCCGAUCCCUCAGAGGGAGCGUGCUCAGUGGGAAGUGGGCGUGGGCCAUGCGGAAGAUGCCUUCCUAAUGACGCGUCAGGAGCGCAUCGACAACUACACCUUCAUUUACGUCGACCCGGUCCCUAACGAAGCCCCAAUUGCAAAGAGACCCAUUGGUCGGCCUGAAAAACGGAACCGGCGCUCCAGUGGCUCAACCAAUAAGAAAGAAGACGGAGGAAUGAAGUCGCCCGAGAGAGAGCAGCCACCAAGGAGACAGCUGCCACGUCGGCAGUGUAGUAUUUCCAAUGCAGAUGACAACAAUGGCUCAAAUGAGAAGAAGAACCUGAAAGGGGACCAGAGUAAGUCUGUCUCCCCUAAACAGGAUGCUGGUUCUGAUGUGGGAACCAAGCAGGAUUCUCCAGCACCAGUCAGGGCAUGGAAAACUGCAGCAGCAAGAAAGCUGCUGCCUCUCUCCAUCACCAUGAAAAGGCUGAACGUGGAGAUCACAAAGUGCGACUGGCCUCUCCUGCAGAAAAAAAUUGCUCCCUCACCUAAAAAAGAGGAGGAGAAGGAGGAGGAGGAGGAAGAGGAGGUAGAAGAGGAGAGAGUCGAGGGAGAAGGCAGGCAGCCUGACCUGGGCUACUGUUCACCUGAGGACAGCAGAGCUAAACCCGAGCCCAGUCCCGAGGAAGAGGAAGACGUGGACGAUAUGGAGGACGAAGGAGAGGAGAGGAGAGAAUCUCCCGCCAGUCGGAGGAGCGAGGAGGGCGGGACACAGCCCACCUCAUCUCCUGGCUCUCAUCACAGCAGUCCACAUGGUUCUCAAGAGAGGAAGCUGCAGCGGCGGUCAGUCAGGAGCAGGUCGGAGUCCGAGAGAGGCAAUGAGCCUGUCCCAAAAAAGAAAACCAAAAAGGAGCAGGCAGAGAUGGCUCCCGAGGCCACACCAAGGGCAGGUUCCCAGAAAGGAGCCAGCGAGAUAUCUGACGCCUGUAAACCGCUGAAGAAGCGAAGUAGAGCAUCCACAGAUGUGGAGAUGGCGUCCUCUCAGUAUAGAGACACAUCAGAUUCAGACUCCAGAGGCCUCAACGAUCCACAGGGUUUAUUUGGGAAGAGUUUUGACAGUCCAGCAGCUGCAGAUGCAGAUGCCUCAGACACUCAGUCUGUGGACUCUGGCUUGUCUCGUCAGGAUGGUAGUACCGGGAAGCGGGACACUGUCUGCCAGAUUUGCGAGGUGUAUGGCGAGAAUUUGGUGCUGUGUGAAGGUGACUGCAACAGGCAGUUCCACCUCGAGUGUCUCGGUCUGACGUCCCUACCUGAAGGAAGGUUCACCUGCCUGGAAUGUAAAAAUGGCAAUCACCAGUGUUUCAGCUGUAAGAAAGCAAGCCAGGAGGUGGCACGUUGUUCGGUGGUGGGAUGCGGAUGUUACUACCAUGAGGAUUGUGUACGUAAACUCCCAGGUACCACCAGCAGCACUGGCGGAGGCUUCAGCUGCCCUCAGCACAGCUGCGCCACCUGCUGUCUGGAGCGAGACCUGCAGAGAGCCAGCAAAGGUCGCCUGAUGCGUUGCAUCCGCUGCCCAGUGGCGUAUCACACAGGGGACAGCUGUGUGGCGGCAGGCAGUGCCAUCCUGACACAUCAUGUCAUGAUCUGCAGCAGCCACAGCAGCACCAAGAAGAACGGCCUCCUCACAUCUCCUAUCAAUGUGGGCUGGUGCUUCCUUUGUGCCAGAGGGCUGUUAGUGCAAGACCUUACUGACACCAUAUUAAGUUCAUAUGCCUAUAAGUCCCACUACCUUCUGACUGAGUCAAAUCGUGCUGAGUUGAAAUUACCUAUGAUUCCCUCUCCUUCGUCAGCUACCAAAAAGAAUGUUGGGAAAGGAGGCAAGUUGCUGUGCUGCGACUCAUGCCCAGCUUCCUUCCACCCGGAGUGUUUGGAGAUGGAGAUGCCUGAGGGGCCGUGGUCCUGCAGCGAUUGUAGGGCCGGCAAGAAGCCUCACUACAAGCAAAUUGUCUGGGUCAAACUGGGAAACUACAGGUGGUGGCCGGCAGAGAUCUGCAAUCCUCGCUUGGUGCCGUCAAACAUCCAGAGCCUUCGUCACGAUAUCGGCGACUUCCCCGUCUUUUUCUUCGGUUCCCACGACUACUACUGGAUCAAUCAGGGCCGUGUCUUCCCUUACGUUGAGAACGACAAAAACUUUGUGACGGGUCAGAUCAACAUCAACAAGACUUUCAAGAAAGCUCUGGAAGAAGCAGCAAGGAGGUUUCAGGAGCUCAAGGCCCAGAGGGAGAGCAGGGAGGCUCUGGAACAAGAGCGUAACUCUCGGAAACCGCCACCCUACAAAUUCAUCAAGUCCAACAAACCCGUGGGGAAAGUGCACAUGCAUGUUGCUGACUUGUCCGAAAUCCCACGUUGCAACUGCCGGCCUGCGGAUGAGCAUCCGUGCAGUCUCGAGUCUCAGUGUCUCAACCGUAUGCUGCAGUAUGAGUGUCACCCUCAGGUAUGUCCUGCGGGAGACAAUUGCGAGAACCAGUGUUUCACUAAGCGCCUGUAUGCAGAGACGGAGGUGAUAAAGACAGAGGGCUGUGGAUGGGGCCUCAAAACCAACCAGACUGUGAGGAAGGGUGACUUUGUGACUGAGUAUGUCGGAGAAGUCAUUGACUCAGAAGAGUGCCAGCAGCGAAUUAAACGCGCCCAUGAAAACCACGUCACUAACUUCUACAUGCUAACCCUUACUAAGGAUCGUGUGAUUGACGCUGGUCCAAAAGGGAAUUCUUCCCGGUUCAUUAACCACAGCUGCAGCCCCAACUGUGAAACACAAAAGUGGACAGUCAACGGCGAUGUCCGCAUUGGACUCUUUGCUCUCUGCGAUAUAGAGGCUGGCACCGAGAUGACAUUCAAUUACAACCUGCACUGUGUGGGCAACAGGAGAACAUCUUGCCACUGUGGAUCAGACAACUGCUCAGGUUUCCUCGGGGUGCAGCCAACUAGUGCCGUGGUGCUGGAGAAAGAGGAGAAGGCCAGGAAUGCCAAGCUGAGGCAGAAAAAGCGGAAGCUGCGGCUGGAGGGCAAACACACACACGAGUACUUCUGCUUUUGCUGUGGAGAGGGAGGAGAGCUGGUGAUGUGUGACAGGAAGGAGUGUCCCAAGGCGUACCACCUGCUGUGUCUCAACCUCAGCAAGCCGCCAUAUGGCCGUUGGGAGUGCCCGUGGCACGACUGCAGCAUCUGUUGUGCACCGGCCUCGUCUCUCUGUGACUUCUGCCCUCGCUCCUUCUGCCGAGACCAUGAGGCAGGGGCGCUCACCACAUCCUCGCUGGAAGACCGCCCCUGUUGUUCCAGCCACAACCCUCUCAGUCCUCUGGGCUCCAGCCCCAGCUCGGCUCAACCGCUGCCGCCGACUUCCUCUCUGAGCCUCGUCGCAGUCAAAGAGGAACCGCCAAGAGACGAUGUGGCACCCUCGUUACCUCGUUCCCUGUAGAGUGCACUCCCAGCACUCCACCCAUCUGUGCUCACUAAAGGGAAUAUAGAAUUUUUUUCAUUUAGUUUUUUGUCGGACCUUCGGAGCCGAGACACGUUGAAGAACUCCUUUUGUGGCAAGCGCAAUGAGAUUGGAGCAGCACCAGACUCGGACACACACACCAUCCUCCGCUCUUCUGGCUGUAAAACACGACUAACACACAAUAGCGCUAAGAUCCCGGACCAACGCCUCGUUUUGUUCUCCCCUCGGAUAAUCCCGAGUGUUGCCAGUAACCGGCUCUUUGAAGGAAGUGAGGUGGAGGGAGGGGACGCCACGCCGCUCCUCCUCUUGUUUACCUGCUGUACGCCGCGGCUGGCGUCUCUCACACACUUCCACUGCCCCGACACCACUCCUCACGUGCACCGUCAUCGUAUCGCGCUCCUCCCCUUCCUCUUUGACGAACAGGAGGGGCAACACUUUUGUGCAAUUUUUUUUUAGGCCCACACUACAUUCCAACAUUCCUUUAAUCAUGUUUUUGAUGUACUUACGGCUAUAGAUGAAUAUAAUUAUAUAUGUAUCUAUGUUUGUUAAUGUUUACAAGCAGAUUUUUCUCACUUCAUCUCGGUGAGUGGUGUAAUUCUUUGUUUAGCUGUUGCGCAGACCUCCUUGUGAAAAUUGUCCUAUUAAGGUGAAAUACUGUAUAAUGGUAUAUAACGUACUCGUAUAACAUUACACAAGUACUUGUGACUUUUCGUUUGCUCAUUCACGUGUACAUAAUUGGCUCAUAAUAUUGUAAAGUACUUACCAACGGGGAGGUGCGGCGCCUGAUUUUUUUUUUUUUUUUCUUCUCCCCCCCCCCCAAUUUUCUCUGAGCCGCCGUCAUGCUCGAGGGAGGGAGGAGGGCCCAGCCAAUGAGCACUGCUAUCUGAGUAUAUUGUUAAUCAGCCUUAAGGGAUGAUGACUUCAGUUCCAUUGUGGCUGUCGGAACUACUGCCCAUAUGUGUUUCAGUAACGUUUACGUACUGUGACCUUUUUAUUUUAUUUUAUUUUUUGCCAAAACUUCUCUGAAAAGCACUUUCACAUGCCUUGUCACUACAAUUUUUCGUUAGGACACACAUAUACAGAAAUGUAUAUUAAAGGAACGUAGGUUUUUUAAAAAUGGAUACCUCUUCUUCUGGUAGUAACAUAAGAAUUUAAACUGUUGUGACAAAAAAAAAAAAACUUUUUUUGGGGGGGGGGGCAAAAUUGGAAUAACUGCCAGUCUCAUGUUGAAGAAAUGAUGGAUCCGUAUCAAGACACACAGUCCAGGAUAGUGUACAAAAUACAAACUGUACAGUGUUUUUAGAUUGCUCAUCUGUCAAAUCUUUUGUAUUUAUUGCACCACAUUUUAUACCAAUUGCUUUGUUGAACACCAGUACAGUACUCCAUGUUACCACCAUGUGACAAUUAAAAAGAAAAAGAAAAAAAUCAGAGGGGUUCACGUAUUAUACCUGUAAUCGGUGCAUACUUUUUUUUCUACAUCUGUUUAAUGAUUCCACAUUUGCCGCUGCUCAUGUGUAGUGACUCGUCACUGUAUUUGCUGUCAAAAGCAGUUCAGUAUUGGAAUGUUUGUUAUCAUGCCUCAGCCUUUGUCUUGCUCCUGAAGUAACUAGGGUAUUUUUAUUUUAUUUUUUUACCUCCCAAGGUGAUCAGUGUCUUUAAGACACUUGAGUGAGUGCCAUUGCAGAACAAUUUAUUCAGGAAAUUUUCAACCACGAUGUAGGUGCCAUUUGACAUUAGGAAAAAUUCUGGUUCUCAGUUGCAUUAAGUUUCAUGGACCAUAUCUCCAUGUUCUUUUUGAACUUAUGUAUGUAAAAAUGUCUUAUUUGUUGGCAUUUCCCCUCAGUGAUAUAUAUGCCCUUACCCCCAACGCCCCCACCCCCAAUACUUUCUCUCAACUUAAUCAUCGGAUGUCAAGGCACUUUUAUUUUCACACUCACAUGUUACCAACCAAACUUGAAUGUUAUUAUUUAUUCAUGUGUUAUUUUCAAGUGUACACCACAGCAUAUAUAUUUUUUUGGGGUGGGUGAAUCAUAAUGGCAUAACUGGUCUUUUGUCUUUUCAAGGUGACUGUUCAGCUGAAUGCAUACAGUCGAGUCGUAAAAAUGCCUCAUCAAAGCGCAUUUUCUGUUCCUUUAUUGUACUUUUUUUAUAAUAAAGGCAGCGGCCUUUGUUUUCUUUGCACAUGCUGAUUGCAUGACACCGUUGCGCAGUGCCAUUUUGUCCUCUCUGCUAAUACAGUGGCAGUAUUAGAACGCUUCAUUUGUGUCUUGCAUCUUUUCAUUUGUUUAGAAAACAGUAGUUUUGUUUAUUAGUGCCAAUUUUUGGGUGGAUAAUCCCCCCCCAGCAUGUUUCUUCCCUUGUAAGUGACCCUUAUAGCCUCAGAAUGACUUUUCAAAGCAUCCUGGAAUUCUUUUUUUUUUUUUUUUUUUUUUUUUAAAUAACUAUUCUUACAAUUAGAAUCAGACACCCCUCUCGUGCUUCAAAGUUUCCGUUCACUGUAACAUCUUUUUCGUGCAAUUCUGCCGACUGUUGUUAAUUUUUUGAUUGACAGGCAGUCAGAGGAGAAUUAGUGUUUGUGCUGAUCUCACCUGCAAAGCACAAUUUGUUUUUGUUUUUUGUUUUUUUGGUAAUAGAAUUACUUUGGGUUACUAACUGGUCUCAUAUCUAUCUCUCUUGGUGUUGCUUCAAUGAAAAACGUGGAUGACCAUGUUGAUUACUGUUCAACCUGUGUUACUGCAUAUUGUUGGCAAACCUGUAAAUAGUCUUGCAUUGUAUUUGCAUAGAAUCAUGUUACUGUGGUGUGCUUGGUUUUUGUUUUGUUUGUUUGUUUUUGUUUUUUUGCCUGUACAAUUACGCUUCUAAAUGUGUGUGACUGUUGGGAAGACACUCUUUUUGUACAUGACAGUCUUUUUAUUUGAAAAUAUGACUUAUGUCCUUUUUUUCAUUCAAAGGUUGAGUUGGAAGAGUUCAGACAUGCCUGAAGUUUGACUUUAAUAAAGCUGUACUCUGUUUCAGUGA